CGCAGCUCCCUAUUUGUAUUGUUUACAUUUUCCCAUUGCAAAAUAAACGUUUUAUUUGGACCAAGCUAAAUAAUGGCUUCUGCUUUGGAACAAUACAUAAAUCACACAGUCUCAAUAAUCACAGCAGAUGGCAGAAACUUCAUUGGUACAUUGAAGGGUUUCGAUCAGACUAUAAAUGUCAUUUUGGACGAAUCCCAUGAACGUGUUUUCUCUACAUCGGCCGGCAUCGAGCAAAUAGUUUUGGGUCUACACAUCAUUAGAGGCGAUAAUAUAGCAGUAAUUGGACAAAUAGACGAAACCAUCGAUUCCCGCCUAGACUUUGCCAACAUACGAGGUGAACCUUUGGGCCCGGUGGUACAUUGAUACAAAUAUGAUUUUGUAGAGUUAAUUAUAAUUUUUUUGUUUAAACAAAUACUAAAAUCUGAAAGAAAAACCAAACAAUGUA